AAUUCCUCAAUGAAAUCUGGGCAGGCAAACUCUGGCGACUGCUUCACCACGUCUUUCAUCUUCUGGAACGCCUACUGCUACCUCCCUCCCCCUUCACCCCCAACUAGAUCCUUCGCCUUCCUAUGCAUCAGCUCAUGCAAUGGAGCAGCUAUCUGAGAAAACUCGUUGAUGAAUUUGCUAUAAAAAGAGUCUAAUCCCACAACGCCUUCACAUCUUUCUCUGUCUGAGGGACUGGCCAGUCUUUUACUAUCCCGUCCCCGGUCGACGGUUAUAUAUGUACAUUUUUUUUUAUUUACAUCUCAAGCGAUGUAGACUAUCCCUGAACACAAAGCCUAAGUAAACAUUACUACAGUAUCUUCCUCUCAUACAGGUCUUCGCAAGUUUAUUAAGGAAACUAUCCACAUGUGGGAGUCUCUGGUGACAGAUGUACUGAUAUGGCAGUCAGCUCCACUCCACGUCGUUCACUAUGAGCGCCUGGUAAAUAACACAGACCUUUAUCUCCGUGGGAUGCUACACUUCCUCAGGGUACCAGAGGAUGAAGAACGCCUUUCCUGUGUUUCCUCCCACCUCGCGGGACCCGUCAAGAGUGUGGACAAGAAGGCUGUUGAUCCCUUUACGAGCUCCGAGAAAAUGAAAAUUGCGAAAGCCGUGGACAGAGUUAACCGACUACUGCUGCUGUUGGGCUAUCCAGUCAUUGCUUCCUCCCAGAAAACUUAAUGAUUGACAACUCAACCAGCUGACUGUCUACUCUUAGUACUAGAGAGUGACUUUGAGGAACAAGGACCUGGACAACAAUUUAAUAAUUACAAAAAAGUAAUGUUAGAGACUGGGGAAAACUUAUAGGACAAAGGAGGAACGAGGAUAAAAGUAGGUGGAUGUCAAACGAAAUUGUGAAGAAAAUGAAUAGAAGGAAAAAAAUAUGUGUAAGAGUGUACCAUCGUACGAUAUGUUUUCCCAUGUUGAGUGGGGGGGGCUUGUCCUUG